AAAGAUGGCGGACAAACCUUUCCGUCAAAGACAUGAGCUCAGGUCACAUCCAAUCGGCUUGCGUUCUGCUCUUCUUGAAAACAUGUCGCCCAUGAAGCUGUGUGUUCCAGGUGAUAGACUAUGCAGCACAGAAGACUGUAUGCCCGGUACUGGGGUGUACCUACGACACGGCUACAUCUACUCCUCGCUAGCAGGCUACGUACUCAGGAAGAACGAAGGAGAGGAGCUACCAGUCAUCUCGGUGGUGAGAGAAACCGAGGCUCAGCUACUACCAGAUGUAGGAGCCAUAGUCACCUGUAAGGUGACCAGUAUCAACCCCAGGUUUGCCAAGGUCCACAUCCUCUACGUUGGUUCCACACCACUGAAGGACCGUUUUAGAGGAACCAUCAGGAAAGAAGAUGUACGAGCAACAGAAAAAGACAGGGUGGAGACGUAUAAAAGCUUCCGUCCUGGAGACAUCGUCCUGGCUAAAGUCAUCUCCCUGGGAGACGUCCAGUCCAACUACUUGUUGACCACAGCAGAGAACGCUGGGGUGGUGGUAGCCCACAGCGAAGCAGGAGCCCAGAUGGUCCCAGAUGGUGCUAUCAGCUGGUGUGAGAUGCAGUGCCCGCGGACGCACGCCAAGAGUUCCGCAAGUGCCCAGGUGCAACCUGAGUACCUGCAGGCCUGAGCAGGGACCAGCGGGCGGCGUGCACCCCACACCUCUCCAGCCCCCCGGCAGGGACCCUUUCCCUCCUCAAGGAACACACAGCUUCCCUAUCUCUGACAGAGACAAACACACUCACACUUGGGAUUGUAAACAAUGCAUUGUGAGUACAAAGGACCAAAAUAUCUAGAGGUCAUGUACACGAAUCCAUGGGUAUUGACUUGACACACACACACAGAGCCUUAUGUUCAGGGGGAUACCUCUACACACACGCACACAGAGCCUUAUGUUCAGGGAUACCUCGACACACACACACAGAGCUUAUGUUCGGGGGGAUACCUCAACAGUAGAUUCCUCCCUCCACAACCUACAGCAAGGCAGCAUGUUUCUCUCCUGGUUCUACAAAGCUACAGUAGAGGUGCAGGAUUUUGCUCCAACUCAGCACUAGGACACCUGAUUCAAAUGGUCACUGGGGCCUUGAUUGGCUGAAUCAGUCUCGUUAGUGCUGGGCUGGAACACAAGCCUGCACCCAUGUACCCCUUCAGAAGCAGGAAUAAAUAACACUGAUCUGGGGUUACCUUCUGAUCCAUACCCUUCUCCUCUGAAGUGUGCUCUCAUGUAUCCCCCAUGGAUUUACUAGCAUAUGUCUUCCACCAGUCCUUUCCUUUUAAAUCCAUGAGGGGUAGUGAAUGAGUGCACACUUUUGUGGGGGGAAAGGGUGUAGAAUCAGACCACAGCCCUGGUGUGACAGUCACCAGUACAGACAGGCCCAAUUCCAAAUCGACCCUUAAACCCUACACGCUAGUGAGUAGGGCUUGAUUUGGCUUGGGCCUUAGACGGCUAACACUUGGGAUGUUGAAGUAAAGCGCUGGAAUUGAAACUGUCAUUUUGUGGCGGCACCGUUAAAGACUCAUACGACCACGUGGUCCUUUCUGCACCAAGUCAGAGAGAUGGAGAUGUCUUGUUGGUUUCUCUGAGUUGUUUCUUCUGUCGUUUCAAAACAUACUUCUUUGUUUCUUUGUCUCAUUCUUCCUGUACUUGUCAGCAGAGGCACGUGUUUUUAUGAGUCAAAUAAAGUGAAUACCAAAGUGCAUCAUGUAUGAACUA